AUGGAGGAGCCCGCAUGCCUCUGCCUGGGUGUUCAGUUUCCUCCAGAAUUGGGAGGCCUCAGCCCCAGCCCCAAUGGCAGAAUCCUGCAGGCUUGGCAGAUUCCAGAAGGUGGCCUGGGCAACUGCCCCUCUCCCAAAGACCCAGGAGGCCCUGGGGCCUGCUUCUUGCAUGGCCCAGCUGCUUUCCUAUCCCAAGCAUGGAGUGGGCCUGCUUUCUGGUCCAAGAAAAACGCUGUCUCUUUCUCCUCAGAUGGAAGCAGGGAUGUUGGGGCCCAGCAGCCCGCGUGCCCGCGCAGUGGCGAUGAAGAGCGUGCUGCUCCUAGUUCUGGCUCUUUGGGUAGGCUGCAGCCUUGGAGGGGCCCUGGCCAAGCAGGGGCUGGGCCUGAGAAAGCCCACAGCCCUGCCAACCCCCUGGGCUUCCAGACGGUGACAGAGCAUGUGCCCAACCACAGCCAAGACCUCUGCAUGCUGGUGCUCAGCAAGAACCCACUCCAGGAGGACCGGCGGGCACCGCAAGCUUGGACUGUGCUCCCGUGGGUGCUGCCACUGGCCUGGCACCUCAUGAGCUUCACCCUGACAGGCCCAUGGAAGUCAGAGAAGGAGGACUCGCCCAAGGGACCCCAGCGAACUUGGGCAGACAGAGGCCACAGACACCAGAUGGGGCCUGCCUGCCUCCUAGCCCUUCCCAGCUGUUGGAAACUCUGGCACAGGGCUCUGGGGGCAAAUCCCCACUCCCCUUUUGGGCGUGGACCUGGGACCCCAAUUUGGGGUUCCAGCUGUGGCUGUAGUUCCUGCCCAUGCAGGAAGCUAGAGACCCUCGACCUGUCCCACAAACCAGCUGGUACAAGUGCCCUCCUUCCUGCAUCAAGCACGUCCCUGGCUACAUGUUUGUACCCAUGAAGCCAAGCAAGGAGCUCCUGCGCCUGUCUCACAACAGCCCGCAUGCCAUGGCACCCACAGUGCAUCCUGUCUGGGCCUACAUGCCUCCCUGGCUGAGGUGCUGCUGGGUGACCAGCAGCUACAUGCCCUCAUGUGUGGCCGGCUGGGCCUCUGGGGGCUGCAGGCCCUGCACCAGAGCCCCAGCAAGAUCAGGUAGGUCCACCUGCCUGUGCCCAUUCUGCCUGUAGGCUCCUCACCCACAGCUCUCAGAGCUGAGGGUAGAAUUGGUGGGGGACAUCCUUCACCACCCCCAUCCAUUCAUCCAUCUUGUUUGCUGAGGUGGAGGCUGGGCCCCAAAUGGGAAGGUGGCAGGUGGUGACCCUUCACCCUGGGUCUCAUCUCUGCACCUUGGUUUCUACCCCCUCCACCUUGCCCCCCCCAUUGUGAUGCCUGACUCCCCUUUCUGGGGUCUUUCCUCUGCUCACCCCUGCUACCCCCACUCCACAACACAUGCCCCCGAACUCCAUCUGUGUCACUUGUGUGGCCCAGGACUCACCUCAUCUCCAUGCACCUGGAGAACAACCUCAUCGACUGCGCCACAUCCCACCCACUGCCUUCUCUUGCACCCAGGCCUGCCACAGUGUGGGCCUCCAGCCCCAGCAGGGGAGGGAGCUAGGAAGGGCUCCUGGA